AGAGGACCGGGGACAACCGAGCAGAUGGCGUCUUCGACCCCUUCUUCGUCCGCAACCUCCUCGAACGCGGGAGCGGACCCCAAUACUACCAAUCUGCGCCCCACAACGUAUGACACCUGGUGCGGCGUGGCCCAUGGAUGCACCAGAAAACUGGGGCUGAAGAUCUGUGGCUUCUUGCAAAGGACCAACAGCCUGGAAGAGAAGAGCAGGCUUGUGAGCGCCUUCAAGGAGAGGCAGUCCUCCAAGAAUCUGCUUUCCUGUGAAAACAGCGACAGGGAUGGCCGCUUCCAGCGCACAGAGACCGACUUCUCCAACCUGUUUGCUCGAGAUCUGCUUCCGGCUAAGAACGGGGAGGAGCAAACUGUGCAGUUCCUGCUGGAGGUGGUAGACAUACUCCUCAACUACGUCCGCAAGACAUUUGAUCGCUCCACCAAGGUGCUGGACUUCCACCACCCCCACCAGCUGCUGGAAGGCAUGGAGGGCUUCAACCUGGAACUCUCUGACCACCCUGAGUCCCUGGAGCAGAUCCUGGUCGACUGCAGAGACACCCUGAAAUAUGGCGUCCGCACAGGUCAUCCUCGAUUUUUCAACCAGCUCUCCACUGGAUUGGAUAUCAUUGGUUUAGCCGGCGAAUGGCUGACAUCAACUGCCAAUACCAAUAUGUUUACAUAUGAAAUUGCACCAGUGUUUGUCCUCAUGGAGCAAAUAACACUUAAGAAGAUGAGAGAGAUAGUUGGAUGGUCAAGUAAAGAUGGUGAUGGGAUAUUUUCUCCUGGGGGAGCCAUAUCCAACAUGUACAGCAUCAUGGCUGCUCGCUACAAGUACUUCCCGGAAGUUAAGACAAAGGGCAUGGCGGCCGUACCCAAGCUGGUCCUCUUCACCUCAGAACACAGUCACUAUUCCAUAAAGAAAGCUGGGGCUGCACUUGGCUUUGGAACCGACAAUGUGAUUUUGAUAAAGUGCAAUGAAAGGGGGAAGAUAAUUCCAGCUGAUUUAGAGGCAAAAAUUCUUGAAGCCAAGCAAAAGGGAUACAUUCCUCUGUAUGUCAAUGCAACUGCCGGCACGACUGUUUAUGGCGCUUUUGAUCCCAUACAGGAGAUUGCAGAUAUAUGUGAGAAAUACAACCUCUGGCUGCAUGUCGAUGCUGCCUGGGGUGGCGGGCUGCUCAUGUCUCAGAAGCACCGCCAUAAACUCAGCGGCAUAGAAAGGGCCAACUCAGUCACCUGGAAUCCUCACAAGAUGAUGGGCGUGCUGUUGCAGUGCUCCGCCAUCCUGGUCAAGGAAAAGGGUAUCCUCCAAGGAUGCAACCAGAUGUGUGCGGGGUACCUCUUCCAGCCAGACAAGCAGUAUGACGUCUCCUACGACACUGGGGAUAAAGCCAUUCAGUGUGGCCGCCAUGUGGACAUCUUCAAGUUCUGGCUGAUGUGGAAAGCAAAGGGCACAGUGGGCUUUGAAAAUCAGAUCAACAAAUGCUUGGAGCUGGCAGAAUACCUCUAUGCCAAGAUUAAAAACAGAGAGGAAUUUGAGAUGGUUUUUGAUGGUGAGCCUGAGCACACGAAUGUCUGUUUCUGGUAUAUUCCACAAAGCCUAAGGGGCCUUCUGGAUAGCCCUGAGCGACGGGAAAAACUACACAAGGUGGCCCCGAAAAUCAAAGCCCUGAUGAUGGAGUCUGGCACAACCAUGGUUGGCUACCAGCCUCAGGGGGACAAGGCCAACUUCUUCCGGAUGGUCAUCUCCAACCCAGCCGCUACCCAGUCUGAUAUCGACUUCCUUAUUGAGGAAAUAGAGAGGCUGGGCCAGGAUCUGUAAUUGCCGUCCAUAGAA